CAAGCCACUGGAAACAAAUCCGCCCGCAUGCACCUCCACGCGCACAACUUUGAUUUAUGUUUAUUGGCUCUUGUUCCCGGCCGUAGCCAAUCAGAAACCGGAGGGGCGGGACAAGCCGGCUCAGGUUGUAGAGACCGAGGAAAAGGCCGUGCUGACGCUAUGGCACCAUAAAGACUGGCUGCACCGCGCCCUUUCUGUAAGGCGGAGGGGCUGCUGUCCACAGGUAACCGGAGGGAGUUGCGAAAUUCGGGGCUUAUAUGCAAAUGUGGAACAUCUCUGAUUGAAAAAUAACGACACAUUUAUGCAGAUGGGACAACGCCAGAAAUAAAUCUGACUGAUUGGUAAAGACGAGGACUUGAGGGACAGUGCAACCCGACCGCAGACUGAGAAGCCGCGUGGCCAAGCUGAGCAGUCCGUCUGUGCCACCGGGAUGGCGAGCAUCUAAUCUGUCCCGCUCUCGCAUUCAGUAGCCGCCUGUCUGCCCUUCACACUUGUCUCCUGCGCUCUCCUCCUCUUCCUUGGCAGCAAUGUGCAUAGAAAUCGUAGGCGAUGACGCACCCGGAUGCUACUGCAACCGGUCGGUGGAGUUCUUCUACAACCACAGUGAGAAGUACAUCGCCGAUUCGUGGACCUCGCAAAGCCUGCUGGUGGUGAUCCUGGGCAUCAUAGUCUGUGCCUGCAUCCUCUUCGCCAACAGCUUGGUCAUGGUGGCCAUCAUCAUCAACCGUGGCUUCCACUACCCCAUCUACUACCUACUGGGCAACCUGGCUGCGGCCGACCUCUUCGCUGGCCUCUCUUACUUCUACAUGAUGUUCCAUACGGGCCCCUGGACCAGAAAACUGACCAAACCCCAGUGGUUUCUUCGGCAGGGUCUGAUCGACACAAGCCUUACGGCCUCUGUGGUGAACCUGCUGGCCGUGGCCGUGGAAAGGCACCAGACCAUCUUCACCAUGCAGCUCCACAGCAAGAUGUCCAACCGGCGGGUGGUGCUGCUCAUCCUGGGCAUCUGGCUGGUGGCCCUGCUGAUGGGUCUCAUCCCCAGCAUGGGCUGGCACUGCCUAUGUGACCUGGACAACUGUUCCAUUAUGGGGCCUUUGUACAGCAGGAGCUACCUGGUCUUCUGGGCCGUGCUCAACCUGGUCACCUUCACCAUCAUGGUGAUCGUGUACCUGCGCAUCUUCCUGUACGUGCGCAGGAAGAGUCAGAGGAUGUCGCAGCACACCACACAGACUAAGCACAAGGAGACCGUCGUGAGCCUCAUGAAGACAGUGACCAUGAUCCUGGGUGCUUUCGUCAUCUGCUGGACCCCCGGGCUGGUAGUCCUCCUGGUGGACGGCCUGGAGGCGGGGCCAAGUGUCCUGAAGGUGGAGAAGUACUUCCUGAUCCUUGCCGAGUGUAACUCUCUGAUCAACCCCAUCAUCUACUCUCUCCGGGACAAAGAGAUGCUGUCGACGUUUAAGCGCAUCCUGUGCUGCCUCUGCAGGAGGGGUGGGGGGCAGGGCAGCGCUUCCAGCGUGCGCUUCGACACCCUGCAGCAAGAGACGUUAAAGAGCAGCACCGUGAAAAUGAAGAGGACUAUGGGGAAGACCCCCCAGUGCCCUAACAACACCCCUGCAGCGCUGAACGAUGGCCAGAUAGCAAAAUGAUCAUGCAGUCUGAUCGCUGCAAAGGAGGAGUCCUAACUGAUAGACAGACUCACCGGUUGGGAAGUCGCGUCACACUCUGGGGUGAAGCUUUCAGUCGAACCUCUCAGUUUUUCUGAUGGCUUACAGAUUUAUCUACAAUGAGCUCUGAAAUCUCCUGGCUGGUGUUCCACAAAGCAGGAUCUCUCGGUUCGCUAGGUUAACUAAGCUAGAAGUCAUGAUCAUCCAAUAAGAGUUUAGAUGAGGAGCAUUCCUAUUGGACAUCCGUUAUUUUUCUAGCGUAAAUGAACCCGGCUAACUGAGAAAUCCUGUUUUGUGGAACAGCCUGCUGGUGUUUUGUGGAGCAGUCCUGUGUGUUAUUGACAUGUAAACUUCACUUGUACUUAAAGCUGAUUAUAACGUUCAGCCAUUGGCCUUUGCCCCUUUUAUGACGGACGACACCGUGGUCAGGUGGGACACCCGUCCUGUUUUGCGAGUCUCCGAUUCCCUGAAAGGCCGUGUUGACAUUCCUUUCUGCUUCGUAGAGAUUUCACGCCACUCCGUCCAAAACACCCAGUCGGUGCCGUUUCUCGUAAGCUUGUCUCUCUUGCAUUAGCUGCCUUCUUCCCGUCUUCUAGGAAGAGAUCAGUUCUUGAGAUAGAACCGGCGUCUUUGAAGCGUGAGUCUUGGAGCCACAACGCCUGUGCCUUUCGCUUUGGGCAAAAAGGGAUAAUGAAUACCCCCCCCCCCACUUUGUUAGCAUGUUUGUAUAUGCAGAAUCUUUAGUGAGUUUCACCUUGAUCUUGACCUCUACAGACCAAGCUAAAAGUGCCUGAGCCAAGUCAACGUGUUUUAUCAGGCGAGACGUCAGUAGAUUGUAACGAAACCACAGGCAACAAUUUUGCACUUGUCAUAUUUACUGGAACCAGUAUCGGCAACAUCCCAAGGCCGUUUCCUUGACCACCGUCCUGCCCGCUAGCCUACGAAGCGAACUUGACUUGUAGCAGGUAUUCAUGUAGAUAAGAAUGUGUGAUCCUGUUCUCUCCUUGGCUUCCAGUACAUCUGAACCUUGGUUUGCUUUUAGGUGCGAUUAACGCGGAUGGACGGCCUGACAGACCUCAGUGUCGUGCUUUUUGUCAAACUGCCGGGGAGUUCAGAGGUGGGUGGUGCACCUCUGUGUAAGAGUCUCCAGCCAAUGGCGUGGCCUGCAGAUCUACGCCUUGGCUUUCCCACAGACCGACCAAACACUAGUGUCUGUCCUUCUGCUUGUUCUAGGAGGAAGACCACCUUUAAAAGUGGUUUCGUUCAUGUUUGGCUUGAGGUUUUACCUGACAGGGUCAUCGGUGCCAUUUGCUAAAUGUGAUUUUGUUUAAAUGCAAAUUGGUUCAUUGGUGUGGUUUAGGUAGUAAUGAGAGGAAAGAGGAUCAUCAGUCUUUUGUGGAUGGACUACGGGGGAUUGUGUUAUUUACUAAGCAGUUUAGCAUACUUCCGGUUGAGUUAAAUGGUCAGCAAUGGGCCGCAUGCUGUAAUCUUUCCUGUUGUGGGAUUUGAACCACUGUCCUGUUCCUUGGUUGACGUGAUGCAUGUGUGGCUUGGAGGGAGUCCACCCGCAAGCUUCAGUCUUCUCCAACAUUUGUUCACCUGAGUCGAUUGACACCCCUGUGUACUUGUCUUCUGCUUUAAGAAGAUGUAAAGACCUCAAGUUCUGUCUGGUUAAGGAGAGGAUUUGUAAGUCCCAGAAUGAAGUCCACUGUAGUGCUGGUGAAUGUGGCUCCCUGGUGAAACGGAAACUCGGAACUAUUAGGAAGUGGCUGGACGUAGAUUUUCAGUUCUGUGCCUUCGACCGCACCGUUUUUAGGGAAACUCUUAGAAAAGCCGACAUACAGAGAGGGGUCAUUGUUAAAGAGAAAGACGCUUUCAUUUUUGUAUGCAGACGUAAGAUUGUGGUUAAAUGAGAACCUUCAGAAACGAGUUCUUAGUGGUACAUGACGUGGUGGGUUUCAGAUCUCGAACUUGAAUUUUUGUUUCUUGUAUGGUGCGUGGCUCCUUAACUUUCUUUUAAAGACUGAAGAUUUACAUUUAAACCUUCGAUUGCCUGUAAAAUUCAAAAUGUACUUGAAUCAUAAACUUCCAAACUGCCUCUCGUUUUCACGUUGAUGGUAGAUUUUGAAUUUGGUGAUAUAAUUUCCGUGUUAUGCAGAGUUUCUGCUUAGUUAAUUACCUGUUUAAUACCCUCCCCCCCUUUUUUUAUAUAUUUCACGAAAAUUUGUUUUAAAAACAUGCAGUGCCUGCGACAUUAAUAGAAAUGUAAUGCUGAUACUCUGCAACUGAAAUGCAUGACAGCUAUGAAGUUGUGUGUUAUCGUUGAUUCGUGUUUUUAGGUUUGAUAUAAACGUUGUUACCAUUUGGUGAAAUUUCGUCAUGUUAAGACAUUUUUUCCCCAAAAAAUAACUUGCUCUGUGGCCAACUGAUCAAAAAAGAAAUGUAAUUUAUUUUUCCGUGUUUGUUGUCCUUCAUUAUGCAACGAAUGAAAAAUUCCAUGAUGAUCAUCUCUAAAUUAAAUAUUAUCUGCCACCCA